AUGACUGUGGACGUGCACUUUAAAAACUUGUGGAGAACGCUUAAAUACUAUCAUGAAAUAAUCCAGCCUAUUACCAUCGUCAUUUUACCUGACUUCGAGGCGUAUCUAGAGUUUGUGGACGCCAUUAAGAUGUACUCCAUGUCUUUUCCGGUGUGGUUUAUUCUGUUUCUCUACACACCCGACAACAAUAUCCAUGACCAUUGUCAUGAGCCGAUCGGUAAUCCCUUUAAUCUGGCGUUCGACACGCAGAUGUUGGUAUUAUGUAACAAUGAGAUAAUCUUGCGGGAAUGGUAUUCCAUCAAGGGCGACACCGUCAAAAUUUUUGACCUGGCAGAAUGGAGAGACGAUGAAGGAUUUGUUCCUCUGACAAAUUUGUCCCUCUACGAACGAAGGAAAAACAUGGAAGGAGUUAUUCUACGAGCGGUCGCAAAUUUUACUUCGGUAAUUGGGAAUCAAAUGGCUACUAUGUACACAAAAGUAUUCGAGGAGCUCACGAGUCAUCUUAACUUCACUGUGAAUAUUGUCUCACAAAAGAUCGAAUACGGUAUGCGGAAUCGACAAACUCUCAUCUGGUCUGGAGUGAUGGGAGAAAUCGUAUAUAAUCGGGCAGAUUUCGCAAUCGCUGACAUGGCGUUGACGAGUUUUCGAAUUUGUUUUGUUGAUUUCACACUGCCCUUGAUCGUAUCUAAAAUCAAUCUAUAUUUCAAGGAACCGGGAAUAUGUGGCGUCAAGUGGAUCGGCUACUUUCAGACCUUCAGUUCGCGCACUUGGAUUACAAUUAUCAUGUUGAUAACGACCGUACCGCUACUCUUAUUCUUCAUGAAAACAUGCCGUGAUCAAUCACGAAGCACCGUGGAUCUGAUCUCUGAGAAUUUCAUCUGCAUUUGGGGUAUCUUUUGUCAGCAGGCGCUUAUAGAGUUUCCGAAAAGUUCAUCACUGCGUGUCGCGUACUUCACGAUAAUUUUGACGGCGGUGCUAAUAAUGGCUCACUAUUCAGCGGCGUUAAUUUGCUUCCUGACGGUGUGUACUCAUGUUCUACCUUUUCAAACGCUAGAAGAAUUCACUGACGAUGGUACCUAUAAAUUAAUCGUGAUACGCGAUAGUGCCGACUAUGACAUAGUCACCUUUCAAGCGCAGUACGAGGUAAAUCCUUUUUAUAUAAAACUGAUGAAAUUAAUGAAGCACGAAUCGGAAUUGCCGAGAACCCUAAUAGAAGGUUUCAUGCAAGUAUGCAACGAGAAAAAUGUUGCUUUUAUGGUGAUGAGUACUCAAAAGAAAAGCAUAGAAAAAGAUAUACCCUGUAAGUUAUCGAGCAUUACUACUGAGAGGAUAACCAAUUUAGUAAUCAUGCUCUCCAAGGAUAAUCCAUAUACAGGCGUGAUAAAUUAUCAUUUGCAGAAAUUUAUGGACAAUGGUAUGAUAAUGCGUCUGAGGGAAACAUAUUCAUCGCAGUUGGUUGAAAACAAGGUUUUCAAGCCGGUUUAUUUAUUUAACGUCAUCCCAAUUUUGGCGAUUCUUUGCGGUGGCUUUAUUAUAAGCAUCAUAACGCUAAUUAUAGAGAACAUUCAUUAUCGAUCAAGGAGAAGGCAAUCGAAAGUCUUUUAUCCUUUUAGAAAGCUAUUUAUUUAA